AUGGAACAAAGUAAUUCCCAAGAGAAAGAUGAUGGUUUCAAGCGUGGAGAUGAGAAAGUCCCAUUCUACAAGCUCUUCUCAUUAGCAGAUCCUUUGGACAUUGUAUUGAUGAUUGUUGGGACAGUUGCAGCCAUUGCUGAUGGGCUUUCUACCCCUCUAGCGACGCUCAUCUACGGUGAGAUUUUCGACUACUUUGGAGCUCCUACCGAGAACAGCCUUGUCCAUGAAGUGUCCAAGGGAUGUUUGAAGUUACUGUACUUGGCUGCAGGUUCUGGUGCCGCUUCCUUCCUUCAGGUUUCGAGCUGGAUGGUCACGGGUGAAAGACAAGCAGCGCACAUUCGGAGUCUGUAUCUGAAAACCAUACUGAGGCAAGACAUCACAUUCUUCGACAAGGAAACAAGAGCCGGAGAGGUUGUUGGGAGGAUGUCUGGGGAUACCAUACUCAUUCAAGAAGCCAUGGGGGAGAAGGUAGGGAAGUUCAUACAGCUUGUUUCAGCCUUCUUUGGUGGCUUUUUGGUAGCCUUUAUAAAAGGAUGGCUUCUCUCUCUCGCAUUGCUUUCAUGUGUUCCUCCGAUGGUUGUGGCCGGUGCAGCCAUGUCAAUAUUCAUAUCAAAAAUGUCAAGCCGUGGACAGAUAGCAUAUGUCGGCGCAGGGAAUGUUGUAGAACAAACGAUCGGAUCCAUUAGAACUGUUGCAUCCUUUACUGGUGAGAAGAAAGCUAUCAAAAAAUAUAACAGGUCUUUGAAAGCUGCAUACAUAUCCACUGUCCAACAAGGGGCUGCCACUGGCUUUGGAAUCGGAGCGGUUCUAUGUAUCUUGUUUUGUAGCUAUGGAUUAGCAGCAUGGUAUGGCUCCAAGUUGAUAAUUCACAAAGGCUACACUGGUGGAGAUAUCAUCACUGUGAUGGUCGCAAUCAUGACCGGCGGAAUGUAAGUCAGUCUGCUAGUGCAUACAAGCAUGAUAUAUGUGAAAUGGAUAUUCACAGCAGCAGAGAUUGGUCUGUUACUGGGGCCAUUAUCUAUGUUGUGUGUGCCAUGCCGUUAAUUUUAGUGGCCCUUUCUCACCUUUGUCUCUUAAAAACUCGCAUUGAACCAGGUC